UUUUUCCUUUUCCAUACAAACAACACACCACAGGUAGAUAAGUAAAUUUCUUUCUAUAUAUAUCUCUCCACCCUCAAAAGAACCCCUUAGCACUCUUUCUUUCUUUCCUUUACUCUCUCACACAUUUCAUGAAGCUAUAGCAUCCUUAAAAAAAACCCAUAACUCCCUCUUUCUCCACACAGAAAAACCAAAGUUAGUUACGAAAACCUAACAGAAAAACAAAAUGGAAGCAGUUACUACUUCAACUGAGGAAACCGCCACAACCAGCGACUCACUUUCCAUAACCCUAUCCCCGGCUAAAUCUCCUCCUCCGCCGCCGACAGCCAAUAACAAUACUGCCGACGGAUGCGGCGUCGCCGCCGAGGUUGAAUCCCGGAAGCUACCGUCGUCCAAGUACAAAGGCGUGGUGCCUCAGCCCAACGGCCGCUGGGGCGCGCAGAUUUACGAGAAGCACCAGCGCGUGUGGCUUGGUACCUUCAACGAGGAGGACGAAGCCGCCAGGGCCUACGACAUCGCGGCGGUCAGAUUCCGCGGCAAGGACGCCGUCACCAACUUCAAGCACCUCACCGUAGCCGACGGUGACUCCGACGAAUCCGACGACGGCUCAGAAACCGAGUUUCUGAAUUCGCAUUCCAAGUCCGAGAUCGUGGACAUGCUGAGGAAGCACACCUACGAGGAAGAGCUUCGUCAGAGCAAGCGAGGUGGCGCGUGCGGCGGAAAGAGGCACCGACGAGGCAACGGCGACAACUUCGACGCGUCCUCCUUCGGCUCUGAGGGCGCGUGCAAUCUUCGCGCGCGUGAACAGCUGUUCGAGAAAACGGUUACGCCUAGCGAUGUUGGUAAACUGAAUCGGUUAGUUAUACCGAAACAGCACGCGGAGAAGCACUUUCCAAUACAGGGAAACGGUUGCGCAGCAGCGGCGAAAGGAGUGCUGUUGAAUUUCGAAGACGUUGGAGGGAAAGUGUGGCGGUUCCGUUACUCGUAUUGGAACAGUAGCCAGAGCUACGUGCUCACGAAAGGGUGGAGCCGGUUCGUUAAGGAGAAGAGCCUCCGGGCUGGUGAUGCGGUUCGGUUUUACCGGUCGGCUGGACCAGACGGACAGCUGUACAUUGACUGCAAAGCAAGAAUGGAUUGUGGUGGUGUUGUAAAUAGCCCUAAUGAAGAUGAUAAUACGAAGAAUAAUAAAAGAAAUAAUGGUUUGUUGAUUCCGGUUGGACCGGUGGUUGAGCCGGUUCAGAUGGUACGGCUUUUCGGGGUCAACCUUUUGAAGCUUCCUGGUUCGGAUGGGGUUGGUGGUGGAUGCAAUGGGAAGCGGAAAGAGAUGGAGCUGUUUGCAUUAGAAUGUAGCAAGAAGCCAAAGAUUAUUGGAGCUUUGUAACAUUAAGUUUAAUUAGUUUUAUGUUUCUUUUUUGCCUCUCUUUUCUUGUUCUUUUGUGAGUUUUGGAAUUUUGUUGUUGUUGAAGAAAUGAUGAAGCGAAGAAUGGGGCGGGGGAGAAGGUGGAGAAGGGGAAAACGGUGGUGGUGUAUUUGCAACUUGCAGGUUGCAAAUUGCGUGAAAAAGGUGAAUUGUAUAUUACUAGUUGACGAGAAAGAAAAAGAAAUUGUACAUCAUAGAAAAAUAGCUUUUUGUUUUUUAAUUUUCUCUUUUUCUUUUGAAGGAGGUAAGUUAUAACUCUAGUAUAGCGAUCUAAGUGUUGAUUUUGUAAUCCGUUUAAUAAUAGGUAAGUUGUUGAUAUAGAUGAGAUAUAUAGAUGUGUUGUUCAAUGUUCAUGCA